CCAAUGCGUCGGCUUAUUGGGCGGAAGUGUGGCACCCGGCGGAACUAGUUUUUACCGUGAGUUUCUAGACCGCGAGUUUCAGGUAAAAAUGGCAAAAAGCUUACGGAGUAAGUGGAAGAGGAAGAUGCGUGCAGAAAAGAGAAAGAAGAAUGCACCGAAGGAACUUAGUCGCUUAAAAAGUAUACUUAAAAUAGAUGGUGAUGUUUUAAUGGAAGAGGUAAAAGAUAUAGCAACUGUGGUUGCACCUGGAAAAUUCAAAGAGAAAGCAGACUGUGAAGGGAAAGAUCAAGAGGGUGAAUCAAAAAUGGAAGUGGAUGUUAAAAGAAACAAAAAGAGUCUACUAGAUGAACAUGGACAAUACCCAGUUUGGAUGCACCCAAGGCAGAGGAAAAAGCUAAAGGCCAAACGGGGAAAAGGGAAAAAUAAAGUGAAGGCAGCAAAAGCAGCAAAGGGUCUGGCUUGGUAGAGUCUUAAAGGCCUGGAAAAAUACCAUAUGGACAUGUUUGUUCAGAAUAUGUACUUUGAAUGAAAAUCAUUUAUUUCCAUAAUUUGCCUUUGCCAGUUACUUCAAAUGAAAGAUGAAAUAUCUGUCUUCCAUACUUCAUUUGGUUUUUCAUUAUUAAACAUUCUUUUUAUUUGUUCAGUGUUAGCUACACUAAACUUUUGUUUGGCUGAGUCGAUGAUUUAUCUAAUGUAACAGUUUUCAGCAAAUGAACUGUAUAAUCAUUACAUGUUCUUGCACUUUUGGCAAAUAUAUUUGAUAAAGAUACAACAUAGGCUAUUAUCAAAUUAUAGAUAGCCCUACUCAAAAAAAGUGAUAUUUUUAUAAUUUCUUAGAUGUAAGUGUUGUUUAUCUAAACAGAACUUCUGUUUUUACAGGUGUGUGUGUGUGUUUUUUUUUUUUUGCUCUAAGGAAAAAUUAAAAAAAAAAUUUAUUCUGUAUUUAAAUCAUGAAGUGUGAAACUUGGCUUUUAUAUGUCAUUAAGAAAUGAAUUCUUUGCAACUAAGGUAGAUAACUGAUGCUUUCAUUCUUUUAUAAAAUACAAUUUUGGGGGCAGCUAGGUGAUGCAGUGGAUAGAGCCCUGAAGUCAGGAGGACCUGAAUCUGGCCUCAGACUCUUUAACGCAGCCUAGCUGUUUGACCCUGGGCAAGUCACUUAACCCCAAUUGCCUCAACAACAACAACAAAAAAAGAGUAAAAUACAAUUUUAUUGCUAUCCUUUGUUUUUACUUUAUUUUUAUUCCACAUUGUAUAUUUUUUCCUUCACUUCCUCUCAGAGAGCCAUCCUUUAUAAUAAAGAGUAAAAAUUAAAGUUCUGUAAAACUCAACCGUAUUGAAAAAGUUCCACAUCCAUAAUCUCCCACCUCUGCAAAACAAUUGGAAGAGAAGUAUCAUCUGUUUUGGAGGAGUGGGGGAGUCAAGUAUAAUCAUAAUUUUAAACAUUCAGUUUUAUUUAUUUUGUUCUUUUCACUUAUUUUAGUCAUUAUAUAUGUUUGAUUUUACUUACCUUACCUAUACAACUAUUUCCAUGCUUUUCAGUGCUCACUAUAUCCAUCGGUAGGUACACACAGGCAUUAAUCUACCACAAUUUAUUUAGCUCUUUUACAGUCAUUGGACAGCUACCUUGUUUCUAGUUUUUUGCUAUCACCAAAAGAUACAGUAUUUUCGUGCAUGUGAAGCUUUACUUUUUUGGUACUUAUCUCCUUAAGGUAUAUGCUAAUCACUCUUUUUUAAUAAUUCCAAGUAACAUGACAUCAUGGACUAAUUCAUAGCUCCACCAACAAAAUAUUAGUCUUGUCUUUCUAUAAUCUUUAACAUUGACUAUUCCCAGCUUCUGUCAUUUUUGCAAAUUUGCUGGAUUUAUAAAGCAAAACCUGGAGAGUUUUGAUUUGCUUUUCUCUUUACUGCUUACUAGAGAUUUGGAGCAUUUUCAUACAGUUCUUAACAGUAAUUCUUUUGAGAAUUGAAUGGUUCCUUGACCCCCUUAUCUAUUAGGGAAUGGUGUGUCAUAUUUUUGUUUUAUCUGUCUAAAGGUUGCAUACAAAAAUUACUUGUCUAAAUAAAAGUGAAAUCAAUUCUCAGAUUAGUAAAAUACUCCAAAGGGGAUAUGGCAUAAGGGAAGAGCAUGUAUUCUGGCUUUGCAACUGACUUGAUUGAUGACUUUGAGCAAUGGCACCAUAGCAUUAAAAUUAAAGUUCUGGGUUUUAGUUUUGUCCUUCAGAAUGAAGAAUUUGAGUUAGAUAUGCUGCAGUGGAAAAAAUUGGAGUUCUAGAGAGUUCUCUGGAGCAGGGAGCCCUGUGAUUGGGCUCUGUGAACAUGGCACAUGUAUUGACUUAUUAAAAAAAAAAUUCAUCUUGGCAUCUUCCUAACCAAUUCAGAACUUCUUUAGUUUGAUCUGGUAUUUUCAACUGUCUGACAUCAACAAAUCAUUUCUCUGGUCUCCUAGAAGACCUCUAAUUGA